UGCAGAACAGCCCGAUCCAAAUAGUUGUCCAGAGACCCCAACAGAUCUUUCACAUCUCUCUUCUGAGCUUGAAGCACCAGUUCUGUCACACGGAUGAAUGACUGCAAGAAGAAAAGACAGAAACGAGAGAAGGGAGUGCUCACAAUGGACAGACAACGUUUACAGCCGGCAGCAUCUGCAGCAACCAUUUCAUCAGAAGAGCAUGUGACAAUGGGGCUUUAACUCGGAGUGGAGGGUUCCAACACAAGAAUGCGAGCCAGCAUGAAGACAAGUGUGUGGAUUACAAAUGUUUAACGCUGCAACUAGUGGCCUGAAAUCAAGAUGCAAUCAAUGACACAAUAAAACUGGUUUUGGAAGAACCACCAUGAUGAAUGCGACCGCAGGGUAUGUGGGAAUUACCACCAUCCACAAUGAUAGUUACAUCCCUGGGAAUGGCAGUAUGGGCAUCCUGAUCAUCCCCAAACCCAUGAACACAGCCAUUAAUUUUUUUAUCGUGACCAUCCUCUUUAUUACCAUGAUUUCCCUCGGGUGCACGAUGGAGGUUUCCAAAAUUAGGGCCCAUCUUCUCAAGCCAAAAGGAGUAGCCAUUGCACUGCUGGCCCAGUUCUGCAUAAUGCCCCUCACUGCUUUUUCUUUGACCAAAAUCCUCCAACUGGAUCCCAUUAAGGCUGUAACCGUACUCAUCUGUGGCUGCUCUCCAGGGGGAAGCUUAUCUAAUAUUCUUUCCUUCUUAUUAAAAGGUGACAUGAACCUCAGCAUUGUCAUGACAACUUGCUCCAGCAUCACUGCCCUGGUUGUCAUGCCUCUGCUGCUGUACAUCCUCAGCCAAGGUUUCACUGGUCUGAAAAAUGCUGUUCCUUAUGUUGGCAUCAUCAGUGCCCUUUUGUUUACCUUGGUGCCUUGUGCUAUUGGCAUUUUCAUCAACCACUACAAGCCAAAUUACUCCUCAACUAUAACUAAAGUUGGUCUCGGUUUGCUGAUAAUAUCAGUGAUCACAGUUUCUGUCCUGUCUGGCCUCGCUGUAAAAGAUGUGAUAUGGAUGAUCCUUAUGCCAGAUGUCCUUGCUGUGGCUGCACUGAUGCCUCUGAUUGGUUUUAUGCUGGGAUAUGUCGUGUCAAUCAUCUGCAGACUCAGCCCACAAUGCAGCAGAACCAUCUCCAUGGAGACAGGCUGUCAAAACAUCCAGCUGUUAACCGCAAUUCUUAAGGUGGCCUUUUCUCCACAGGCCAUUGGACCCUUGUUUUUGUUUCCCCUGUUGUACAGCACAUUUCAGUUUGCAGAGGCCCUCCUCCUGGUGUUAUGCUUCAGAUGUUACCACACAGUCAUGGCACCGCAUGGGGAUCCAAGCCAAUAGGAGAAUCUUGGUGCCAAAAAAGAAGAGGUGAAACAAUUUUGACCAACAAAGAAAACAAAGCAGUCUUAAAGAAAGUAAUUAAAAACAUAUGUUGUAACUAAAACCACUGAUAAAACUGAAAGACAUGACAAUCUCUGGCAGCCAAAAGCAGGCAUGGCUAAAAUGUUCAUGUAGUUUAACAAAUGUUGAGUUUAUAUAAACUAUAUAAACUACAAACUUAAGUUUUCAUUGUAAGAUGAAGAUGCAUAAUAAUUCAUUUCAAAAAGAUUUGUCCUAAGAAGGAUUAUUCUGUUUCGUUUUAUUUUCAUCACCAAACAUCUUUCCUACUGUGUAAGAGUACAGCUAAAUUCAUCAUAAAUAAAAUUAUUACACCGAUUG